AUGGGUUGCUGCAUCAGCACACCCAAAAAUCAAAACCAAAACAAACAAACCACCCAGAAAAAUCAACACCAUGAACCACCACUUCCGCCGCCGCCGCCGCCGCCACCAGCCUUUGAAGAGGAAUAUGUGAAAGAAGUACUCUCAGAGACCCCAAUUUCCAAACCUGCACAACAAGUUCCAAUUUUGACGCCAGAAACAAACACCCUUUCGCCUCUCCUUCAAAACCCACUUCCCAUUUUCCAAACCGAGCCCACUAUAGAAGAACACUCCGAAGCUGUCUCUCAGCUCUCAGAAACAUGCAGCAUGAGCGAGAGCUUCUCCGCCGCCACAACCACCACCGCCACCAUCACCGCCACCACCGUCACGGAGGUAAGAGAAGAAGACGAUGCAACCAGCAAAGUGCACAAGUGGGACCAGUCUCCGUCCAGGAAGAGACCCCAUGUCUCCGACGGCAACCCCACCGGCGGAAGAGACCGCAGACUCAAGUCACCGGCGAGGAGGUCGGAGCCGUCGCCGGAGAAGAAAAUUAAGGGAAGUUCGAGGCCACUUAGGGGAGGGAAGCAAGGGAAUCCGUAG